AUGAAGAAGGGAAUCCACCCCGCCUUGCAGUGGCUCAGCCUCGUCACGCCGCAGGGCCGCCUUGUGCGCGUGCUGUCCGCGCAGGUGUUCAAAUCCGACCGUCCGUUCUACAUCCGCGAUCCGGGCAAGAAGGCGGAGACGGAGGGGCAGAUCGCAAAGUUUAACAAGCGCCGGCAGGUGGAUGGCAGCCGCCACGUCAGCAUGCGGCGGAAUGACGUCAGCGCGUGGCGGCCCGCCAACGAAUUCACCAGCUGCUGUGAGGAGGGGGAUCGCGCGGGGAGAGGGGGGACGCAUGAAUCGGGGGCAGAUUCUUACAGGGGUGAUGCGUGGUGCAAUGGGGUUGGAGUGGGUGGUAAGGAGGGAGAUGAAGGUCACAUGAGUGGUAGAGCACGAGAGGGAGAGACAGCCUUUGAGGCGCGUCAAGAGUGGCAGCAGUGUGCAUGGCGCCACCAGGACGGGUACUCUGCCCUGCCCUCUCUACCGCCUCCGCAUUCUUAUGGGGAGACGGCUUUUGAGGCGCCUCUAGAGCAGCAGGAGUAUGCUUCAGUGGCGACAAGUUCUGAGGGGUCUGCAGCAGGCCCGCAGGGGUGUGCUUGGCAGACGCAGCAACAAGGGUACUCUGCCCUGCCGUUGCACUCUCAACCGGACUUCGAGCGAUCCUAUGGGAAGACUGAGACGGCCUUUGAGGGGUCUCAGCAGCAGCAGGAGCAUUCUUCGUGGCAGCAGCAAGGGGGGUACUCUGCCCUGUCCACGCACUCUCAACCGGACUUUGAGCGUUCCUAUGGGAAGACGGAGACGGCUUUUGAGGCGCCUAGAGAGCAGCAGCAGCAGCGUGCUUCAGGGGGGACGAGUUUUGAUACUGUGGAGAGUGCUGAUGGCGGUGGCGCUCCAAUGGCAGCGCUCCACGUGGCGGAGCUGUCGUCGUCCCUUCACAGGCACCCCGAGGGAUGGGAUGCGGCGCUGAUGCGAACUCUAGAGGCGGAUCCUCUAGGGGUGCAUGGUGGGGGGAUGAUCAGUGCAGGGGUGGAUGGGGGAGGAAUGAAUGGCGCAUGGGUGAACUGUGCAGGGUUGAAUGGAGCAGGGAUGCAUGGUGGAGGGGUGGACGGUGGUGGAAUGAAUGGUGGUUGUAUGCAAGGUGCAUCGCCUCCCCACACCUCUCCUGCAGAGCUCCUUUCGUGUGCGUCCACCUCCUGUCUCCUCCACCUCCGCAGCCUCUCCCCCACUCCCACUCCCACCCACCCAUCCCAUCCCGGCCUUUCCUUAUUGCCUCCGCCCGUGGUUCCUCCUCUCUCCCUCACCACCUCCACUGCGCCAGCGCCAGCGCCGCUAACCCCCCCUCUGCCCUGCUGCCCCGCUGCCACAUGCCCAACUCACACCCCUUCUCAUUCUGUCCGUUCUCAUUCUGCCCCUCCUGUUGCACCUUCCCACCAUGCGUCACACAACGCCUGGGACAUGGGUGAUCUCAAGGCCCUCCAUGAAGCCACCUUCCCCAUCGCGUACGAGUCAGAGUUCUAUUCCAACGUGGUGCAUCACAGGGGCAUCAUCUCAUGGGGUGCGGUGGACCCUUGCCAGCCUGACCGGCUGGUGGGCUUUCUCACUGCGCGCCUCGUGCCGCCUGCAGAGGCGCAGCGUGACUGGCUCGUGGGGUUCAUCACUGCACGCCUGGUCCCAGCAGCAGAGGCGCAGCCGGACCAGCUUGUGGGCUUCAUCACUGCGCGCCUCGUUCCGCCUGUCGGGGCGCAGGCAGCAUGGGGUGCAGCAUGGGUGGGUGCAGCAUGGGUGGGUGCAGCAUGGGUGGGUGCAGCAUGGGUGGGUGCAGCAUGGGUGGGUGCAGCAUGGGUGGAUGCAGCAUGGGUGGGUGCAGCAUGGGUGGGUGCAGCAUGGGUGGGUGCAGCAUGGGUGGGUGCAGCAUGGGUGGGUGCAGCAUGGGUGGGUGCAGCAUGGGUGGGUGCAGCAUGGGUGGGUGCAGCAUGGGUGGGUGCAGCAUGGGUGGGUGCAGCAUGGGUGGGUGCAGCAUGGGUGGGUGCAGCAUGGGUGGGUGCAACAUGGGUGGGUGCAGCAUGGGUGGGUGCAGCAUGGGUGGGUGCAGCAUGGGUGGGUGCAGCAUCUGCUGUUUCUGCUGUGUCUACCAACACCUACAUCACCCUUUCUCUCUCUCGACAUGCCUUCACCUCCCACACUCGUUUCUCCCAUCCCCACGGUCUCACUCUCAGGGGGCGGACGUGCUGCCUCUGGCCCCCCUUCCAUCUUGUACCUCCCCUCUUCCCCCUCGUGCCGCAGCAUCCCACCUGGUGCAUCUGCUUCUCUCCCAUGCCGCCUCCCUCCCGCACUGUGCCGCCGUCUACCUGCACGUGGUCGCAUACAACGCCCCUACUAUCUCAACAACUUUUCUCACCCCACCCCUGCCCUCCCAACCCCUGCCCUUCCUCUUGCCACCCCCCUGUCCCCACAGCAUCGCACCUGGUGCAUCUCCUUCUCUCCCAUGCCUCCUCCCUCCCGCACUGUGCGGCCGUCUACCUGCACGUGGUCGCAUACAACGCCGCAGCCAUCCGCUUCUAUCGCUCGCUGCGCUUCUGCUUCCGCCGCCGCCUCUCGCCCUUCUACUACCUCGAAGGGGGCGAGUACGAUGCGCUGCUCUUUGCGCGUUACGUCAACGGCUGGUCACCGCCCGACUCCAGGUCCCAGUUGCAAGGGCCGACUCUCCAGCAAUUGCAGCCUGCAUUCACAGCAGCUUCUGCUGCAGUGACGGCUGCCAUGUCCCUAGUGAGCUUUCGCCCACCCGCUUCUCUUCUCCGAGCUGCAAUGCAUUCUGCAUGGAUUUGCAAGUGUCUUGAGUUUUUCAGAUCAACUUUCUUCUCUAGGGAUGCAUCUAGGCUUGCUUAA